CCAUUUGUGGCUCAUGUGUUCCAACAGCAACAUCAACUAGUUGCUUCCUUCUUUGAGUUCUUUCCUUCCUUCAUUCAUUUUGAUUCUGAAUCCUCACUCCUCAACACAACACUCUCUCACAACAACAGAGAAGAACAGAAUAGAACAUACAUAUAUCAAUAUCAUAUAACUGAGUUUGAGAUAUGAUGUUGUUUCCAUACCAACAAGUUUUGCACUCUCACUGAGAUAUGCCUUUGCUUGAAGUUGGAAAUGCACACCCUUCCUUUCACCAUCCAAAUCCUUUGAGUUCACAGAAGGUUCAAAUACCAUGUCAUGGCAAACAGUCAUCAGUUUCAUUUGCCUUUGGUCUUGGGCAGUGUGUUCCUUGUUCUUGGAAAUACUUGGACAACAAACUUAAUCAUAACAGUGUGAAAUUCAAUGUGAUUAAAGCAGUUGCUGCUACCCUUGAAGAGCCAAAGAGUUCUUUGGCUCCAAAGGGAAAUGAAUGGUAUGGUCUAAAUCCUAGUAAUCCACCGAAGGUUCGACUUGAACCUAUGAACCAAUCUUCUAAUGAAGAUGAUGAUUCAGAAGAAAUUGAUGAAAGGGAGAAGUUGAGGAGAAUGAGGAUUUCAAAAGCAAAUAAAGGAAUAGCACCAUGGAACAAAGGGAGGAAGCACAGUGCUGAAACUUUGCGGAAAAUCAAAGAGAGAACUAGGCUUGCAAUGCAGAAUCCUAAGAUCAAAUUGAAGUUGAUUAAUAGUUCGCAUCCGCAGACUAUCGAAACAAGAGAGAAGAUUGGUGCUGCAGUGAAAAUGACAUGGGCAAGGAAGCGUGAAAGGAGGGUGGUGCAGGAAACUUGCUGUCUAGAGUGGCAGAAUUCAAUUGCAGAAGCUUCUAAACAAGGCUAUGGUGGUCAGGAAGAGCUGCAGUGGGACUCCUAUGAAGUAUUGGAUGAACAGCUGAAGCUGGAGUGGACGGCGAGUGUUGAGAAAAGGAAAAGAAUGCCGAGGCCACAAGGUAGCAAAAGGGCUCCCAAGACUCCUGAACAAAGGAGGAAAAUUGCAGAAGCUAUCUAUGCAAAAUGGUCUGAUCCUGGAUAUCGCAAAAGAGUUUGCAAUGCUAUGACCAAGGAUCAUGGCGCUGAAGGAUCCGAAACGAAACCAAGAAGGCGGCCAAGUGGUGGUUCACAAAGGAGGAAACCUACAAUGAAAAAAGAUACUAAAAUUGUUAAGCAGGUUCUGUCAAAGAAAAGCAAUGCAACUCCCUAUAAAGAUCCUUUGGUGAGUUCAAAGCUGGCAAUGAUAAAGAGCAUUAGAGCUCAGAGAGGUGUUACUGAAACUAAACAAGCCAAUGCCAUUGAACAAGCAAGAUUGUUGAUUGCUGAAGCUGAGAAGGCGGCGAAGGCACUCGAGGCUGCAGCAACGAAGAGUCCCAUUGCUCAAGCUUCUCUCAGGGAAAGUAGAAGGCUUAUAGCCGAAGCAAUCGAAUCGCUGGAAUCGAUACAUAAGCGAGGGACAAUAAGCAAUGCUGUUUAUGCUGCUAUGACACAAACAAACAAGGAACAAGAUGAAGAGUUUGAAGUUCUGAACCAACCAUUCAUGUUCCCAUUAAAUGGACACAAAACACUAUCAUCAAGUGAUAGCAAGAAGUUGGUUAAUGGUAGUUCAGAACUUCCUCUAACAAGUUCCAAUGGCUAUGCUUCAUAUGAUGCUAGUUUUAGCAGCAAGAUAGAGGAAGCAACAGGUUCAUCAUAUGAAGAGAAGGAAGCAGAACCAAGAAGAGCUAUUGUAACAAGAAAAUGGAUUUGUGGAAGGCUUGUUGAAGUAGCUGAAUAGAUAAAACAGUAGAGUUGUUAGAGAGGAACCUUAGCUUAGGUAGCUCAAAGUACAAACAUCUUCUUUAUGUUUGGUAAGUUAAAAGGAUAGUAUAUGUGUACUUUAUAUUUUUCAAGGUUAGUUUGU